CGGCACCGGCUCCAGCGGCUGAAGUUGCCGAAGUUGGAGUGACUGCGAUGUCGCUCGCCCGCCGGGAGCCCUGACGGGCGCUGCCCGUCCCGAGGCCGCCUGGCUUUGUUGGGUUUUUGUUGAUUUAUUUCCUUUUCGUUACUGUUUUUCCGCCCUCCCGCCGCGGUGGAUGGCCCGCGGUGGGCGCCGCUGGCCGCGCCGCCCCAGCCCGGGGAGGAUGGUGGCGGCGGUGCUGGCCGGGCUGUCCCUGCUCAGCCUCCUCACCUGCGGCUACCUGGCCUGGGGCAGCCGCCGGGGAGGUGCCGGGGAGGCGCCGGGGAACCUGCUGGGAGAGGAGCCCGUGGCCGGCGCUCCCCGCUCGCAGCCGCACAUCAUCUUCAUCCUGGCCGACGAUCAGGGGUUCAGGGACGUGGGGUACCACGGCUCUGAGAUCCGGACGCCCACGCUGGACAAGCUGGCUGCCGAAGGGGUCAAGCUGGAGAACUACUAUGUCCAGCCCAUGUGUACACCAUCCAGAAGCCAAUUGAUCACUGGAAAGUACCAGAUCCACACGGGACUGCAGCACUCCAUCAUCCGGCCAACGCAGCCCAACUGCUUACCUCUGGAUAACGUCACGCUACCUCAGAAGCUCAAGGAGGUUGGGUACUCCACGCACAUGGUGGGCAAGUGGCACCUGGGGUUCUACCGCAGGGAGUGCAUGCCCACACAGAGGGGGUUCGACUCCUUCUUCGGCUCGCUCCUGGGCAGCGGCGACUACUACACCCAUUUCAAGUGCGACAGCCCCGGGAUAUGCGGCUACGACCUGUACGAGAACAACAACGCCGCCUGGGACCACGACAACGGCAUCUACUCCACGCAGAUGUACACGCAGAAAGUGCAGCAGAUCCUGGCUUCUCAUAACCCCAGGAAACCCAUAUUCCUGUAUAUUGCCUACCAAGCUGUCCAUUCGCCUCUUCAGGCACCAGGAAGGUAUUUUGAACAUUAUCGCUCGAUAAACAACAUCAACAGGCGGCGGUACGCGGCCAUGCUAGCCUGCUUGGAUGAGGCCAUAAACAAUGUGACCCUCGCUCUGAGGAAGUAUGGCUACUAUGAGAACAGCAUUAUCAUUUAUUCUUCUGAUAACGGUGGGCAACCAAUGGCUGGAGGCAGUAACUGGCCGCUCCGAGGGAGCAAAGGCACCUAUUGGGAAGGCGGUAUCCGCGCUGUCGGGUUCGUGCACAGCCCCCUUUUGAAAAACAAAGGGUCUGUAUGCAAGGAGCUGGUGCACAUCACAGACUGGUUCCCCACGCUGAUCACGCUGGCGGAGGGGCAGAUCGAUGAAGACAUCCAGCUGGACGGCUACGACGUGUGGGAAACCAUCAGCGAGGGCAGGCGUUCCCCGCGGGUGGACAUCCUGCACAACAUCGACCCGAUCUACACCAAAGCCAAGAAUGGCUCCUGGGCCGCUGGCUAUGGGAUCUGGAACACUGCCAUCCAGUCUGCCAUCAGAGUGAAUCACUGGAAACUGCUGACGGGAAACCCGGGCUACAGUGACUGGGUGCCCCCGCAGGCCUUCAGCAACGCGGGUCCCAACCGCUGGCACAACGAGCGCGUCUCCUGGUCAGCCGGCAAAACCGUGUGGCUCUUCAACAUCACGGCCGACCCCUACGAGCGCGUGGACCUGUCUGCCAGGCACCCCGAGGUGGUGAAGCAGCUGCUGCGGAGGCUCUCGCAGUUCAACAAGACCGCGGUCCCCGUCCGCUACCCGCCCAAGGACCCUCGCAGUAACCCCAAGCUCAACGGAGGAGUCUGGGGGCCGUGGUUUAAGGAGGACGAAAAGAAAAAGAAAUCAGACAAAAGCAAAGGUGCGAAUAAGCAGAAGAAGAUCAAGAAGAAGAAGAAAGCAAAUCGGAAAAAGGGGCAGUCGUUUCACUGCCGGUCACGUCUUGCUGGUGGGUAAACUCUAAGCAGGCUCCUUGGCCAGGCUUGAGUCAGCCUGGCCCCACUUCUUGAACUUCUGAUGGAAUAGACUAGAAAUGCCAGUUCUGCACUAUGAAUGAAAGUUGUCAUCUUUUAAUUUUGUUUCUGAUUUGACCAGCACAAGAUACCUUAGCACUCUGAGUGACCAUGUGACAGACUUUCUCCUUCACAGGAUGAGUGGUCCUCACUCAUCACCAGACACAUUCCAGAUAACAACAACGAUAGCAUCUUGUUUCAGGAAAUGUAGCUUUGAUGGACAAAUGAGGCUCCUUGCCUUAAUUAGCUGGAAUCUUCGGAGAGCGUGGAGAUAUUAAUGGCAGAUGUUCUCAAACUGACAGAUAGCUCAGAGGGAGAAGUAAAACACGAGAACCUCUGUGUGUCAGUAAGUGUUAGUCAUCAACCUAUGACAUGUUUUGAUACGACACAUCAAAAACUGAAGCCAUCAGGUAACUUUGUAGAGGUGCUGGGGAGGAGGACAUGGUAGGAGGAAAGCUGCUUCAAAUUAGAUUUUGUCCAUCUUAACUAGAUCUGAAAUAUUUUUAACAUUUCCUAGAUGUCCUGAGCUCCCCCCAUUUGCAGUAAAACACAUGACCAGCGAGCACACGCCUCGUGUAAUUUAUUACAGGCAUGGACAAAAACACAUCACCAAAGUGAAUGUAAUAUUUAAACACUUUAAGAUAACUAAACAACAAUAUGUAAAAUAUAUAAUUUAUUUUACAGCACAAUCCUUAUUUCUCUUCCAUUAAAGUUUCCUGGCUGAUGCAAGGUACCCCUGUGGGUGCCAGGGUUGUUUGGGUUCUUUUAAUGUUGACUUUUAAAAUUUUAUUUCCACCCUGUCAUUCAGAGUUUAUUUAACAGAUUCAUAUCCUCAGAGUACUGUAAACCAAGGAAAUACUGUAUACACUGCUAGGAUGAAGAAGGAGACCAAUUCAGGUGCGUCACUGCAUUAUGUAUUUGCCUUCAGUGGUUUUGAAUGUAACAAAGGGUUUAUUUAAUUUAGGAGUCCCAUGAAUAUUGUUCAGUUUCUGUACAGAAGCUAGGCCAUCUUGAUGUUUGGGGGGGAAAUUCUACUUUAAACCUUUUAUUUAUGUACCUAUUAAAAUAGUUUAUUUUUAUGGCAUUCA